GAUCUCAAAACAUCAAACUAGAACAAAACUACUUAUACCUCUGAUUACAAAAUCUAACAAUGUCAUAGAUAGAUACUAAAUAAUACUUGAUCAAUAAUUUCCUCUUUUAUACUCGGAAUAUUGUUUUGUGCGAUAAUUUCUGACCUAUAAAUACAUACAGUAUCAUUUUACAACGAAUCGUAUUAUGUCAGUAUUUUUCUCUGAUAAACAAACGUUACCGAUCUCCUAUUCAGUCUCCAUUUUCAAACGGCGGUCAAAGGACGUGCGCGCACUUUAUGGAUAGAGAGAAUUGAAAUAAUAAGAGCGAAAUAAUAGUGACGGCUCGUUGCAAAUAGCACGUUAAUUGAGAGCGGUGCAUCCUGCAUUUUCAAUAAAGUGGACACGCACAAAGCACGCACAAUGCUAGUGAAAAUAGUGAUCGUGUUUUUUAUUACGAAAUUCGCACGCGGACAAGUUAACGGAGAAUUCUGGUGGAUGAACGAUAAAAUCGCUAAAUAUCACAACACAUUGAUACCGCCGCCCGUAUACGAGGAUCUACCAGAAUACGAAACAGACGACAGUGUUAAGAUUGUAUUCAGGGAUAGCGAAUUCGAAAAACACAAUAGCAUAUUUCAUGGAAGACACGGACAUGGAAAAUUAAAAAAUCACAACUUACCCAAACGCGAUUAUGUUCAAUACCCUAAUGAGAACAUUGCUCAUUCAAAAUAUGAUCAGUCGGAAAACGCAAACAAUUUAAUGAUGGCUAGUGAAUCCGGUAAACUUAAUAAGAAACUUAUUGCUGAUAAACAAGCAACUGUAUUCAAGCCUGAUAAUAACAUUGUGUUUGAGCUACCAAAAAAGACGAAACAGGUUCUAAAAAACUAUCCUGACGUAGAAUUAAAAACGACAGAGCAAGCGAUGCCGUUAACCAGGAGUACAUUUGAAACACAUCCUCCAUUCGCCUCCUUCAACGACUAUAUGAAUUUUAUAAAUGUCGAUCAAAAGCCAGAAACUACACCCUCAGAUAUUUGCACAUACAUUAGACAAAUGGAAUGUGAGAGACGAAUGGGCUUAGUUUAUAAUUUAGAAGUGGGCAGAGAUCCAAAGAAAAUCCCAAAUGAUCCGCAACUAAUUUGUUGUAUUUUAUUUCCAAAGACUGACAGGGUUCAAAGUACUAGUGAAACUAUUGCAUUGGCCCAAGAACACAACACCAACCCACCAAAGACUUCAACCAAAACUCCAAAUGAAUUGAAUAAAGUAGUAUUAAAUUUAACAAAAAUUGAUGACUACAUUUCAAAGUAUGCAGUCGUAAGGAAUAAUAGUUCUGGAGUACAAGGCACAAAUAUUGAGAAAAAUGUAAUUAUACCCACUAAGCAGACAUUAAAUUUGAACAAACCGUCACAAAGUAUGUGUACAUACAUCACUGAACAACAAUGUCUUAUGAAUCAUGGAUUUGUUUACAAUUUUUCACCAAAAGGAUAUCCUACAACAGUUCCGAGUAAUCCGCAUUUAAUUUGUUGUAUUCUACUAAGAAUGACGGACACGGCUCAAACUACUGCUACUGUGUUUGCACAAGAAAGCAUUACUGUCCCACCAAAACCUUCAACUGAAGCUACAAAUGUAUUGAGGAAGCCUGUACCUAAUUUAUCAAAUAUUGAUAACUAUAUUUCAAAGUACGGUGUUAUAAAAAACAGUUCCGAUUUACAACUAAAUAAUGGCAAUACACAAAAUGAAAUAGUUUCCGACAUUAAAGUAACCAAAAAUAAAAGUGCAGACAUUACAUGUACCUAUACAACCGAAAGGGACUGUCUUAUUAAUAAUGGAAUUAUUUACAAAGAAAAGCCAAAGAGAAGCCAAGAAAACUCUCGUUCAGUAUGUUGCAUUUUACCAUUGGAGAAGUCGUUACAAAUCGCGAUAAAAACGCCAUCACUAGAAGAAAAGUAUGUUAGUCAAACCAUACAGCCAUCUCUUAAUUCAAAAAAUAAAUUCCAAUACAUUGAAGAUUUUAUUGCUAAAUUUGGCGUUAAUACCAAUGAUUCUAAAACACAACAUGAAAAUAAGCAACACCAACCUAAUACUCAGACUGAAAGUAGUACGAGUAUUAGCACGACGAUCUCGUAUAUUGACAUUUUCCAAACAAAAAAAACCAUCAACGAAGAAUCACAUUUUAACUCCAAACCAAAUUUCGUUGACAAAAUAGAUCCAAACAAAUCAGUUCAUGCAAGCAACACGAAAACAGUUGAAACAAAUAAUUAUACAGAAUCAGUUAACCGAAUUGUUGGAACAAAUAAUAUUUAUAACGAAGAAAAACAGGAAUCUACAGGUAUUUGCAAAUACAUCAUGAAGCAAGAGUGUAUGAAUCGCAAAGGAUUUAUUUACAGCACUGACUUUGGAAAAAGCAUUAAAAGAGGUCCCAAUGAUCCGCAAUUAGUAUGUUGUAUUCUGGAUGAUAAUUUAGCAAACAGUCAUGACACUGGAGAUGAAAUCCCGUCCUACUCAAGCACAAGGACAUAUAAUUCUCAAGAAACAACUACAAGUUCGACAUCGCCUACAAUAAAUAAAAAUGGAAUACAAGAAGUACGGACAACUGCAAUCCCAUUCAUAUUUCCAGACAAAAAAAACUACAUAUUUAGUUACAAUAAUCAGCUCAAUAUCAAUAAGCCACCAGUCAAAAACGAAAAUUAUACUUUGAAUGAUAACAAAAACACACAAACCGGCUCACUCUUAAAACCUAACAUAGAUUACCUUAUCUCAAAGUAUGGCGUGAAUGAAAGUAAAUCUGAAAACAUAGCAAUGAAUAAAGUAAACGAAAAUAAAAAUGAAAACAAUGCAAUUGUCGAAAAGAAUAUUAGCAGCGCAAUUUUAUACAAAAAAAUUAAGAAUUGUACAUUCAUAAAUAAAUAUAAAUGUUUAAACGUUAAUGGAACAAUAUCUAAUUUACCCAGUGAAAUAAUUAAUAAAAUAGCUAAUAAUCAAAAUUUAGUUUGUUGCGUAAUGCCAUCAAAUACAAAGCAUAGCACUGAGAAAAGCAUAAAAGAAAGCAUAGAAAUAAAAAACAACUUCUCUAAAGAAACUGAAACUAACGCGAAUUUAGUUUUCUUUCCUAAAAAUAAUCUGCUCAAAAAGCCAACAGAAAAAACUUUGGUUUUCUUCGACAAAGUCAAUGAAAAAACAAAUAAAAAUGAAGGUGACAAGUCUUCAAAUAUUUGUACAUAUAUCAAGGAAUUCGAAUGUAAACAACGAUAUGGCUUCGUUUAUGGAAUCGAAUUCGGCAAGAGUACCAAAAAAGGUCCUAGCGAUCCAGAGUUGGUUUGCUGUAUAUUGCCUGAAAGCAACAAAAAUAAUUAUCAAGUUAAUGUAGUGGCUCACACAAACAUUGGAGUAUUUAAUGAACAAACUGAGAAUUUACAAACAACUGGUCCGAACAAUGAUAUUAGUCCCCAGAUAGACCCAAAGAGAAAUGUAUUUAUACAUAAACCAAAAGAAGCCUCGUCAUUCGUCUUUCCUACUGAAAAAUAUGAAUACAAAAAUAACAAACUGAGUAACGUUGAGCACAACAUGGAGUAUACAAACAAAAUCGAAAAUCACCCUUUGAAAAACACUGCUACUUCAAAACAUGACAAUAAUUAUAAGGAAACAGAAAAACUUGUUAUGACGUCGAAUAUAAAUCCAAUUAAUAACAGAUACAAGCGAUCCACUGAUGAAAACAGCAACACAGCAUUAAACCAAAGAAUGGUGCUACUGCAAAGAAGAUUCACGACCCAGCCACCGAAACUAAGUAAGGAAAUCACGCGGGUUAAAAUAGUAACUUCAGAUUAUGAUGAAGAUCCUUACUGGAAUGUCAAAAACACAAAAUUUCAUAGCCCAAAGGCAACCAAUAAAAAGGAAUGCGACUACCAAACGUGUGAUUAUUAUAUCGAUGAACUCCCUAAGCCUGGUUUAAGUGGCUUAUACUCUGAUCAUGGACAGAAACCAUCUUACUACGUAGACUAUAAUGACGACGAUAUCAUAUCAUCGGAUAGUGAUUAUGAAGAUAUUGGUGCCUCUUUUGGAUACUCGACAGUCGACCCUAAAAUAGGUACAACCAAAAGUAAAACUUAUCUACAAGUUGGGCCAUCAAGGCGCAACACAAUUGCACCGGAAACAUACGACCCGGUAAAGCUAACAGUUAAUUUUCAGUCAAAUCCAGAUUUUCACGUUUUUGAAAAUUUUAAAUUGUUAAACAUAGCAAACGGUAAAUCCAAAUUUUCAUUGAAGAUAAAUGAACAGAAAAAUACUGAUGAUAGCAAAAGCGAAGAUUCGUCAGACACGGAACCUAUAAUAAAUUCAGACUCUACUGAAGACGCUGUUGACGAUCAAUUAUUUGAAGACUGUGGAAGAACAAUAGUUAGAACAAACUUCGAUGCUACAAAGCGUAGUGGUGACGCUAAAUAUGGGUCACAUCCGUGGCUUGCUCUAGUAGUGCCUACCAAACAACAACAGAAAAUACUAUGCUAUGCCACACUCAUUCAUCCCAAGGCUGCAAUAACAACAGCGGACUGUGUUUAUGAGAAACCCCCGGGUGGAGUAACGCUCAUCGCAGGCGUAUGGGAUCUGAACCAGAGGUCACGCGCUAAAACUCGUGUACCUGCUAUACAUAUACACAAAGAAUACACGAAUGAGCAUUUGGACCGUGAUCUUGCUAUUCUUACUUGGCGACUACCAUUAAAACUGGGCCCAAACAUCCAACCAGCUUGCCUCGGUGAUGUAAAUUUAGGAGCAGAUUGCAUGAUCUUCGGAUGGAGUGGUUUUGAUCAAGCAAUAAAGUCAAGGUCCAAAUGGCAAAGGGUAACGACCGGCGAUUGCGACGAUAUCGUAACCUCCUCCGAGCAAGAGAUUCCAAGAACAGCAUUCUGUGCUAAAUUCCAUUCUCGUCGCACCGUGAGCGGUAUAGGAGGCUCCUUGAUUUGUAACGUGGACGGUCGCUGGUCUUUAGUCGGCGUUGCCGUGUCUCGUCACAUUUCGUUGGUGUUACUACCAGCUCGACCUUGGGGUUUGAAGGCUGGCAACUUUAUAGACGGAAUUUAAACAGGUCAGUCUUCUUGAUUAGAAAUUAAAUUAAACACGACCGUUAACACGUCGUACAUGACCACGAAAACUGUGAAGUAUUGGAAACAUCUAAAGUAAUAUAGUGACUUUUUUUUAAAUAAUAAUUGUACACUCCAGGUUAAACAGUAAAAGAAGUUCUAAUUCUGAAAUUAGAACUAUAGAAUCGAGACAACGCUGACGUUUCAAAUUUUCGUUUUUUUCUUCAAUAAAACAAUAAUGUUGAUCGUUUUUAUUUUAUUUAUUUUACAUUUAGAUAAUCAUAUGACUUAACCCAUAACAAUUUUACUAUAAAUUUAACAAAAGAAAAACGAAUCUCCUUCCGCUCUGGGCAAAUAAGACGACGCGGCAAUGUCAUAAGGAACUAACAACAACAAAAAAACCUAAAUUACAAUUGGGAAUGUCGAGAUCUCUUAUAUGAAACUAAUACAACCAUUUCGAACGCAAACAAAAAAAACUAUUUAUUUAUAUACUUAUUACGUUCUUUGGCGUCACAUCCUAAAGUAUACAGCAUGCACAAUAACUAAUUUAAUGAAUAUUGUUAAACGCGAUUCUUAAAACAUUAAAACUGUGAAGCAGACCUUUGUGAGCGUAAAUAGAACAGUGAUCAUUAUUGAAAAUAAAAUCGGUCGGUUGCUUCUCUUACUCCUAUAAUGAGGAUUGAGCUAAUAUAAUAAUUAUAAGUCUUAGUUUCAGCCCACAACGGUCGAGAGACGCGCGAAGACAUCAUAACCGCGACCUCUCGUCCAACUAAACAAUAAUUUGUCGUAACUUAGUAAUACUUACAGAUUUCCUUCAGCGAAAUAUUUGUCGUCAAUAAACCCGUUGCCUACUAGCUUCGUAUUAUAAAUAAUAUUUGCGAUACAUAAUAUUUAAUGCUAUUUUAUUUUCGUUCGUUUUUUUAUUUUCUCAAAAUAUGACAUAGACUUCUUUAGUAAAAAAUUAAAUCGAUGAAUCUAAAAACGAAUAUUUAAAAACUUUACUUUUAAUAUCACACGAAAUAUUUUUUUUUAUGAAUCAACUAUACGCACACGUCAACUCAUCUAAAAUACUCAAAACAACAAAAACUAUAGUGACCAUUUCAAAAAUAAAUGUUCUAAUUAACUAAAAAAAGCAUGGAGUCGUUUUCUAGUUUUUUUUUUCUUUUUUCUAACAAAUAAUCUGAAUGAAAUCUUUAUUAGUAUUUUUCUCCAUUAUCUAUCUUUUACAAAUGUGUAACUGUGCCUGUUCGUUUUGAUUACAGAACAUUUUCAAUACAAAUUAUUAACCCCGUAUUUAGUCCGCCAUAUCGAUAAGUUUGAAAUUUCAACGACUAUUCAUUGUCUGAAUGUGAAAAAGACAUUUACUUUACAGAGCAAAAGUACGCAAUCAAACUUAACGAAUUAAUUACGGGCAGUAUGUGAGGACUGGGUCACAUUGUUUUAAUGCGUCGAUAAAACACUAAUAUAAUUUUUGUAACAAGAUCACGAUUGAAUGAUGAUGCUCGUUCUGUCGCAGGCGCGUCAAGCGAUCACGAGCGGCUCGUCGUCCGAGAAGCCUUGGAUCGGAGGAACGUCGUCAUCAUCUGAAAAAAAAAUAUUUUGUAUUCUAUAUUCCUCUAUAAUAAAGACUAUAAUUGAAUGCCUUCUUUAUUCGUGUUUGACGAAA